AUGGAGGAAGUAUUGAAUUUUUCAGAUUCGUUUGAAAUUAUUAGAAAAAUUGGUUCGGGAAGAAAAAGUCAAAUUUUUGAAGGAAUUUAUGUGAAAUCAAAUCUUGAUGAAAAAUGUGUCGUUAAGAUUUUUACAAAUUACAACAAUUCAGAAGAGAGCAAGAUUAAAAGACAAGUUAAAAUACUUGAAAAACUGGGUGAUGGACCGAAUAUUGUAAAAUUGAAAGAUGUGAUUUGGGAUUUACCUAACAAGGCAAUUGUUUUGGAAUUUUGUGAAAAUUGCAGCUUGAAUUCAUGUGGAAAGUUGACCGAUAUGGAAAUUAGAUAUUAUAUGAGGGAAUUAUUGAAAGGUGUGGAGUAUUGUCAUUCUAUGAGAGUGAUUCAUAGAAAUAUAAAACCAAAAAGUGUACUAAUUGACCAAAAGAAUAAGAAAUUGACAUUAAUCAGUUGGGGUUUAGCUGAAUUUUAUCAUGAUGGAAGAGAAUUGAAUACCAGAUUGUCAACUAGAUAUUUCAAAGCUCCAGAAUUAUUAUUGAACGUGAAAAAUUAUGAUUAUUCGAUUGAUAUGUGGAAUUUGGGAUGUGUUUUUGCAAAAUUGAUUUUUGGAAAGGAACCAUUCUCUCCUGGAAGAGAUAAUUUUGAUCAAAUGGUGAAAAUGAUAAAAGUGCUAGGAAGUGAGCAAUUAUUUGAAUAUUUGGAAAGAUACUCAAUUGAAUUGCCUUCCUAUUUGGAAGGAUUGAAAUCAUAUGAAAAACAGGAAUGGAGAAAUUUUGUAAAAGAUGAAGAAUUUGUGAAUGAGCUAGCUCUUGAUUUUUUAGAUAAAUUACUAAAAUAUGAUCCUAAAGAAAGAAUGACGGCAAAGGAGGCACUGCAUCAUCCCUAUUUUGCAUCAUUCCCCAAUGAUGACUAA